CGGAACAAGAUCAGAAGCAGGAGUCAAAGCAUGGCAACCUUUCGGGAGCUGGGCCACUGCAUUUGGCAAGCAGUGGGUAGCGCAUCUCAUGGGAAGCACGUGACUGUCUUGGGAGGGGUGCACGGCAACGAGUUGACUGGAAUCCACGUCGUCGAGUGGCUGAGAUCGCACUGCCCGCCUCUGGUUUCUGGGUCGUUGACGCUGAUCUUGGGCAAUCCCAAAGCCAUUGCUAUUAACGAACGUGGGAGCACACCACAUGCUGAUUUGAACCGCCAUUUCACCAUGCAAGUGCUGGCACCGUCGGACUCCCCGUUCCAGUACGAAGCAGCCCGGGCUAAACACAUCGCCCCCUUCCUUCAGCAAAGCGACUUGGUGUUGGAUUUGCACUCGACCAACAAGCCAUCCGUGCCGUUCUUGAAGUUGGCAGGCCAACUCACCCCCGAGCACGCCAGCGUCGGUCGGUGGUUUCCUUGCGAUGUCCUCUUGCACGAUCCAAACUAUCAGUUAGCUGGUGGUAUUGCACUGACAGACGAGUACACGGGCGCCCAUGGCGGCGUCGGGAUCAUUUUUGAAUCUGGCGAGGCUGGCGACACGUCCCGCGUGGCGGCAGUGGCCGACGCGGUGCUGCGUAUCCUGACCCACGAGAUGGCCAUGCUGCCAGUAGACACUGCGAUGCCGCCGCCUCCUUCCCAACCCACCGCGUUUGAAGUCACAGAAGUGCUCCGACUGCCAGCGUCUGGCUUUGCGUGGGCCAACGGUCACGGAGACAAGAACUUCGACCGCGUGCCUGCCAACGAAAUGUUCGCGACGGUUCACUCUGUUGAUCUCUGCGUCCCAUACGAGUCUUUCAUCGUAUUUCCCAAGGUUCCAUCGCUCUGGAAAGUUGGCUCGCCCGUGGGCUGGCUGGCCAAGCAAAUCAAGUGAUGGGUUUCUAUGGUUAUAAGUACUCCUCAUACUCUACUAUAUAGUGUUACGAAGGUACGGUUCUUCAUGCCGGGUGUGAGUGCUGCGAAUGCUAGUACUUACGUAGUAGUGCUAGUACGUUGCUAGUAGGUACCUAGCUAGCUAGGUAUUGCUGCUGGCCUUGUCAAGAUGCACCAGUGCGUAUGCUACAUGCCCCUACGUACACGGCCGAUUCUUUAUGAGAUUGGCCAUGAGCGUAGUAGCUACUACUAGUAGUAUUAAUAGUAGAUAGUACCUGUUGUCGUGA